AUGUCGUCUGCAGAGGGGAUGAGAGACGCACCGGAAGCCAACGCCUGCAGAGGGUGGUGGCACAGGAGCCUGACGUCAGUUUUAAAGGUCUUACAGCAGCGCAAGGCGAGCAAGCACGCAAGCACGCAAAUCGCCACAGGAUGUCAAUGGGGUUAUAUUGCUGUUACUGACCCUGCACGACGCCGCCGUGGGCGACAAAGUAAAACUGCGGGCCAACGGACGUCAGAGUCUGGUAGGGGGCGUCAUGGGCAGUAG